CUUCGGAUCGGCCCAGUACCGUCGUUCCCUCGCGAGAUUUGGUCGGUCCGGUGUGUUCCGGAGAGGUUUAGCGGAACCAUCCCUUUCGUCGCCACGGGUGUCCGGGGAUCGCCGGGGGUUCCUUGGGCCGCUAAACCCAAUGGGUCGUGGCUGGCUUUUACGGUGGUUUGGGUGUUGAAGCGUUUGACUUGUUCGAGUCGGAGGAAGUGCUAUGCGCAGUGUCUUAAUAGGGAUUCAGGACUGUUUAUUACUCCUUACACCUCGACAUGUUGAGGUUUCUCUACUGUGUCUGGUUCGAGCAACUACUUCAUGUGGUGGUCUUUGUCGUGUAAUUUAGCUCCAACAGAUCGGUACUCUGGUAGUUGUGCUUCAGUAUUUGGCAAAUGUCUAUAUGUGUUGGGAUAUGCAUUAAAGUUAGAAAGCAGAAUGGAUUUAUUGAAAAUAUUGCCGUUGUUAUAUAGGUGUGGCAGUGGAGGGUCCAAAAGCUAAACUUUUUUUCAUAAUUUGUUGAGGGCUUCUGGUAGUUGAUUUUCAUUUCCUCGAGGUUUUCAUUAGCUCAUGGGAUUAUCUAGCAGAUAAUAUAUGCGCUUCUGGCAUCUGUCUACCGUAGUUUUAAUCUUUAGAAACUUUUUUUUGUAGCUGGGGCUGUCAUUGCUUUUAUGCUGAUGCCUUGGAGGGUCUUAAACUUAAACCUUUUUUCAUAAUUUGUUGAGGACUUGGGGUUGUUGAUUUUUGUUUCCUCGAGAUUUUUGCCUGCUCUUGGGAUUAUCUUGGCAAAUGAUUUAUGAGCUUUUGGCUUCUGUCUACAGUAUUUCAAUCUUUUGAAAACUUCUGUUUGUAGCUUGAGGCUGUCAUUGCUUCUGAUCUGUAUGCCUUCUGUAGUGUCCUUUUAAGCUUAAGCUGUCUCUUAACAUUCUGAGCAUUUCAUAUUUGGUAGGGUUCAGAAGUGUGCCAAGUGUACAAACAAUCUGUCAGUUUACCUGACUUCCUCCGGAUCAUUUACUAAAUAUAGGCAUGCACGUAUUGCAAUAUAUUGACUUUUCAUGUGGAUUUUCAGUUCAUCUAUGAUUUUGUAUUGAAAAGGUGUUUUUUAUUAGUACUCAUUUAGAAAUAGUGAGGUAUAGCUGUAUAGUUCUCUUAGAUCUUUGAAUAGUGCUUGUCGCGGAAUAGUGAGGUAUAUUUGUUUAUACGACCCUUAGGUCUUUGCACUUUAUCAUGUAAACAUUGUUAUGAUUAUGAAAAGGUUGAUCAAGGUGUUUGAUAUCCCCUUUCCUACAUACAUUAGUUUGAGGGUAGAUACAUGUCAUGUAAUUUCUGUUCCAGCCUUGCUGUCUGCUUACAUUGCUUGAUCAUGCUCUUGUUUCAAAAAUGUAACUGUUAUUUCCAUGUGCAGCCUCCCAUUAGGAGCAUAGGGCACACUUAAGUGUUUUCCCAGGCCAAGCCUGCCGGGCAAGGAAGUGCGGGGGUGCAUGGUUUCCUUUUCUGGCAUCGAUCUUAAACUUGCUUCUUCUUUCCUCUUCUUUCCCGUUCUGAUCAACUCAUCGCUGUGCUGCGUUACUGCCUGCCGGCUUCUAUUUAGUGUCUUGUUCAUUUCACUUGAUAUUUGUUGUGUCGGCUUGAUUUGUUCGCCAGCUAAAUCAGUUUGUAUCUUGAUCAGUAUGCUACAUGUUUCAGUGGACAUAAUAUCUGCAAUUGAGUUUGACAAAUCUGGGAAUCAUCUUGCUACUGGAGAUAGAGGUGGACGUGUGGUUUUGUUCGAAAGAACAGACAUUGCUGAUAAUGCUUGUCGAGGAGAACUUGAGAGGCAAGAAUAUCUUGUUUCUAGGCAUCCUGAGUUCCGUUACAAGACCGAAUUUCAGAGUCAUGAACCUGAGUUUGACUACCUAAAAAGUUUGGAAAUAGAAGAGAAGAUUAACAAGAUCAAGUGGUGCCAAACAACCAACAAUGCACUCUUUCUCUUGUCUACAAAUGACAAAACAAUCAAGUAUUGGAAGGUUCAAGAGAAAAAGGUGAAACGCGUUUCAGUGAUGAAUUUGGACACCUCCCAAAGUUCAGACAAUGGUUCAACUUCAAGUCCGGGUACCAGUAGUUGCAGAGCUCUUCUUCCAAAUGGUGGAUGCACAGGAAAAAUGUACAGUCCAAACAACAAUAUGUCAUUUCCUCCAGGAGGAUGCACAUCGCUGCGUUUGCCUGUGGUGGUUACAGGCCAAGAAUUUACUCAUGUUGCGAGAAGCAGACGUGUAUAUGCCCAUGCCCAUGACUACCAUAUUAAUUCCAUUUCAAAUAAUAGCGAUGGAGAAACGUUCAUAUCAGCAGAUGAUCUGCGAAUAAACCUUUGGAAUUUAGAAAUUAGCAAUCAGAGCUUUAACAUUGUUGAUGUGAAACCUGCAAACAUGGAGGAUCUAACUGAGGUGAUCACUUGUGCGGAGUUCCAUCCAACUCACUGUAAUACACUAGCAUAUAGUAGCUCAAAGGGUACUAUUCGGCUUAUUGAUCUGCGACAGUCAGCACUGUGUGACAACCAUGCUAAACUAUUUGAGGAGCAUGAAGCACCUGGAUCAAGAUCCUUUUUUACAGAGAUAAUAGCAUCAGUUUCAGAUAUAAAAUUUGCAAGGGAUGGAAGACACAUUCUUAGUCGUGAUUAUAUGACACUCAAGUUGUGGGAUCUAAACAUGGAUUCAGGCCCAGUUGCAACUUUUCAGGUUCAUGAAUACUUACGUCCUAAGCUUUGUGAUUUAUACGAGAACGAUUCAAUUUUUGACAAAUUUGAGUGCUGCCUCAGCGGCGAUGGACUCCAUGUUGCAACUGGUUCUUAUAGUAAUUUGUUUCGUGUUUUUGGUUGUUCUCCUGAAAGCGUGGAGGCAUCAACGUUGGAAGCCAGCAGAAAUCCCAUGAGGCGACAGGUUGCUGAUCCAGCAAGGCCUGCACGGACUCUGACCGGUGCUGUGAGGAGAGGUGGAGAGAACACAAGCGUUGACGCCAGCGGAAACUCUUGCGACCUCUCAACAAAGCUGCUCCAUCUUGCGUGGCACCCAACUGAGAACUCCAUCGCGUGCGCUGCCGCAAACAGCUUGUACAUGUACUACGCAUAGGGGAACGUGCUAGAGAGAACUGGUACAGUAGUGCUUUUUUUUUGCUUGUUUGCUUGCUUGAAGUGAAAGGCGUGGUCUUUCACACGUUCAAGGAUCCAGGCGCAGGAAACUGUUGUCGGUUCGAUGGCUGGGGAGCCCCCGAAAAGCGGCAGUCGGUGAUUCCACAAGAUCAGUCCUGGCACAAGCUGACUUCCUCCUCGGGAUUUUCCUUGGUGGAUGUGAAGCUGAAGCAUGUGUUACUGGUUUAUUAUUACCGAAGCUUUUUGGCACCCAAGGUAUGACGACGGCUGUAGCUGCCUGCCUUGUAGCGAAAUUGGCUGCGGAAGGAUAAAAGGAAGCGGUAAGAAGACAGACAGACAGGUCACAGGAAUACCUGCUCACGUAUCACAAAGGCUGUAAGAUUUUUCCCCCCUUCUCUUUUACGACGUGUAAUGCAACCUAGUCAGAGCUAACCAUCAGUUGUCGUGAACUCUGAUAGUUUCUGUCAUAGAUACUGUAGAUUUUAUCUAUGCAGCUGCUGUUGUAUUCAUUAGAUUGUUCGGAUAAGUGUACCAGUGGGCUGUGAUUUGCUGGUUGUGGCCGUGAUGUGGCUACGCGGAGGAAUUCGACCGAAGUUAAAUCUC